AUGUAAAAUCAUAAUCCUAAUGAUGAACUCAAUUUAGAGAAUGAUAAGUUUUCUAAAUAGUUGGAUCAGGAUGGUAAUCAAGCAUGAUAAUCUAUCUAGAACGUAUUUUGUUGUCAUGCAACUUGUUUAAGUUUAAUGAUUACAAGAAGAGACAAGAACGUAGUUUGCUGGUGUCAACUAAGAAUGUCAUAAACCUUAAAGGCACAUGUAUCAUCUUUAUUAAUGUUCCCUCAUUAGCUAUCAAGAGAAAGAUUCCAUAUAAUAAGAUUAAGGCUAUCACAUUGUCCUCUAUCGGUACUGAAUUCGUAAUCCACGUUCCAGAUGAAUACGAUUACAGAUAUAGUAGUUAUGACAAGUAAGUAAUUACCUAGAUCAUUAAUAGACGCAAUAAAAUUGUAUCCAAAAUCUUAGAAGGCUAUUCUUUAUUCACUAAAGCUAAACUAGCAAUGUAUUAUAAUCAUAUAUAUUGUAUUUAGUUAUUUUAAAGAGGAUGUAUCAUUAUACAAUUAUGCUACUACAAAAAGUGAUAAGAAGAAGCAUGUCUCUAAGAUCCCUUCAGAAUAACCUUAAUAUAUGGAUAAUGAGAUGUUUGCUUAAAUCUUAGAAGGAGAAACAAAAGAAAAAGAUGAUGCAAGAAAGAAAACUUAAACUUUAUGGGCUAGAGAGAAAGGCAAGGAAGUAACAUUAGAUGACUUCUCAAUUCUGAAAGUCUUAGGCAGAGGAGCAUUUGGGCAAGUGAUGUUGGUUGAGAAAAAAGACACUGGAGAAUGGUUUGCUAUGAAGACAAUAAGAAAAGAAGAUAUUAUUGAAAAGGAUUAACUUGAACACACUAAAACAGAAAAAAUGAUUUUGGAACAUGUAAAUCAUCCAUUUUUAGUCAAUUUGGCAUAUGCAUUCCAAACUCCAUAAAAAUUAUUUUUUAUUAUGCAAUUCAUGAAAGGAGGUGAAUUAUUUUAACAUUUAAGAAUGGCAAGAAAAUUUGAUGAAAAAAGAGCUAAAUUUUAUGUUGCUGAAUUAUUGUUAGGAUUAGGACAUCUACAUAGUAAAGAUAUUGUUUAUCGUGAUCUUAAAUUGGAAAAUAUAUUAAUGGAUGAUGUAGGCAAUGUAUUCUUAACAGAUUUUGGAAUGGCUAAAAUAGUACGUAAAAAUGAAUUGGCAAUGACAUUCUGUGGUACUCCUGAAUAUCUUUGUCCAGAAGUCAUUUUAGGAUAUGGUUGUGAUAAAACAGCUGAUUGGUGGAGUUUAGGCAUUCUUACAUAUGAAAUGAUGUAUGGUUUGCCUCCAUUUUACAAUAAAAAUUAAACUAUUAUGUUUAAAUUGAUUAAGGAGGCUGAACUAAGAUUUCCUGAAAGACCAGAAGUUAGUAAGGAAGCUAAAGAUUUCAUUUCAAGAGUAAAUCUAUAUAUUAUAAAAGUUACUUAUAAGAGAUCGAUUUACAAGAUUAGGAGCUAAGGGUGAUUUCUAAGAGUUAAUUGCACAUCCUUGGUUUAAAGAUAUUAAUUGGGAAUAGUUGAUUUAAAAAAAAGUACCCACUCCUUACAAACCAAGAGUUUAAGGAGAAUAAUGGUUGGAUGGUUUUGAUAAAGAUUUCACUAGUGAAGGUAAUAUUUCACAUAAAUAUAAAAUAGAUCCAAACAAGGUAAUUGAUGAUGAUCACUCAAAACCUUAAAAAGAUUACGAUUAACAAUUCAAAGAUUUCUGAA